CUAACAGAGCACACUGUGUACUCCCGUGUUGCUGCCUUCCUUCCAGUGGUGGUGGUGGUCUCUUCUCCAGCUACUGUUGCAGGGGAUUGCGUCGCAUAUUCCACCCAGCUUGUCGUUUGUCAACACCGUAUUGCCUUUGGACAAGGACGGUGAGACGUCCAGUUUUGACUAAAUAAACGUAUGUGCCUGAGAGUCUGACACACGUCUGUUCAAUGGCUACCUCUGACUCCACCUUCAUCAGCACCAGUGUGUCUGACAGUUUUCAUUAUGAAACCAAAUACAUUGUUCUCAACUACUUGGGUCUCCAUUCUAGAAGAUCACAGGCACCAACUGCAGCUGAGGGAGGUGGCUGGAAUGAGAGAGAGAGGACCAGAGCGAUAAAAGAGCAGAUAGAGGAAGAGCUGAGGCAACUGGAAGAUGAAAUCACUGCCUCCUAUUCCAGAACAGGCUUUGACCGCCACACAUCACUUGUCUUUAGUCCGACCAACCCAGAGAGCUCCGUUGAAGACUGCCUCGCUUCAAUAGGUGAUCGAGUAGCUACUGAGCUCGACACACAUUUGGCAACCGCUGUGGACACACUCCUCAUGGGGCCCUUGGAUUACCAGAAAUUCAGAGACACAACACUGGAUCUAUCAGUACACUCACAGGGAGGCUGGAAUAAGGUGCUACUGCCUUUGGUGCUUCUCCAAGCUUUACAAAAUGAGGGCCAACCUGUGUCAACUUUGUUGCAUCUCGGCGUGUGCUAUCUCGAGGACACUGAAGCUGAGUACAUUGUCCAGCAAGGGGGAUGGGGUGAAGUAUUUGGCCUUGAGUCAGAGGAGGCCCGAGGUGUGACCAUAGCUGAAGACAGCAACGACAUUUACAUCCUCUCAGGCGAGCAGCAUCCGGAUCAUCUGAGCCCUCCCUCCUCGCUGCUCUGUGUUGAAGGCAAUAGCAGUGGGCAGAGUUCUUGGCAGACAGAAAGUUUACCCGUGUCUCUGGCAGGCCACGAGUCUUGGGCGCAGGUUGGAGCGAUGGACCCUGAAGAUGUCAAGAGCCUGGACAGCAACGAGGGAGUAGCUCUCACUGAGGAGCGCAGUGAAAACAAUUCCUCAAACUCGGAUAUUGUCCAUGUGGAGCGCGAGGAGGCCGAGCUGCUCGAGGAAGGCGCUGAAGUCGGAGCGAUAGAGGAAAGCAUGAUGAGUGUUUUAGGCACCGAGAGUGAUCUAGCUGAGCUCAGGGAAGAAUUUAAGGACCAGACUCCAGAUGUUCCAGUGUCAUCUGAGGCUGAAUCCGCAGCCCCAGCAUCCCUCAUUUCAUUGGAGGAACCGGUUGUUAUAGAGACACCUGCGAGCUUGUCAGCAGAGCCUUCCUUCAUCUCCUUAGAACCAGAGCUGCCUCCCCCAGUUCCUGAAGCUGCUGCACUCCCGGUCCAAGAGCCAGAACCUACAGCACCUUUACCUGUUCCUGCAGUAGAACCAGACCCUGAGCCAGAACCAGCUGCUGCCCCAGUGCCUGUUGAGGUGGCCCUCCCAUCUCUAGCUGAGGUGGCACCCCCAUCUCCAGUCAAGGAGGCCCCUGUUGCUAGUUCCACAGAACCAGAGGAGCCUGAAGCCAUCUCAGAGCCACCUUCUGAACUAGUGCUAGAGUCUGCCAUAGUGCCUCCUGAGCCAGAGGACCCCCAGCCUCAACCAGAUACUGUGGCAGAGCCUGAGGUGGUGCUGGAUGAACCCCUGGUCCCAGAGGCUGUGGUGGCUCCUGUAGAGGCACCACCUGAGGAGCCCCCAGUGGAGCCAGAGCCUGCAUCAGAGCUCCCAGUGUUGCUUUAUGGAGGCGCUGCACUAGUGGCCCUCACUGCUGUAAUGGCAUAUGGUGUCAUUGCAUACAGACGGAAGUAGGUGCAAUAAAGUGUCUUUCUAAGGAAAGGGCCUUUUGAGGAGAAUACAAAUUGCAACAUCAACGUAGAAAAAAACAUGUCUUAGUGCACACAUGGUGAACUCUCCUUAUAAAUAGUGUUUGAUUCAAGAUAUGAAGCUGCAUUCUUUUUAAAAAAAAAAUGUGUUUAAUUGAAGGUUUAAAGUUUCUCACCAGCAAUCAAAAA